AUGAGUCCAAGUGUCAGUGACAUUAACAGCCACUUAGUUUCUAAGACAAAACCAGUGUCUGCGGAGAAUGUCCCAAACCAACAAUACACGUAUUCAGCACUGCCAAACCUGAAACGGGCGAUUGAGAAGGCAGGGGCCGAUUUCAGGUCCGAUGUUUCGACGGUCCCUACGGAAAAUAUGAUGCAGGCAAUUCUCGAAGCUUCAGUCGGCGAUGAUAUAUACGACGAAUUUGGCGAUGUGUCUGUCAACUCUCUUCAAAAUAAGCUCAUCGAACUUACAGGCAAAGAAGCCGCGCUCUGGGCGCUUUCGGGAACGAUGGGAAAUCAAAUUUGCUUCCGGACACACUUGGUGCAGCCACCACAUACAGUUUUGCUCGAUCAUCGAGCUCAUGUUUAUUGCUGGGAAUCGGGAGCUCUACCGGCAUUGUCACAAGCUUCUGUGGCCCCCGUUAUUCCCAGCAAUGGAGUACAUUUGACACUGAGUGAUGUGAAGAAGAACAUGGUCUCAGGCGGUAACCUUCACUUCCCACCAACUAGAGCUGUAUCACUUGAGAACAGCCUCAGCGGCACCAUCCUCCCGUUAAAAGAUGCCAAAGAAAUAUCAGCCUUUGUCCGCUCCUUUCCUGUCCCGGAAGGGCAAAUGCCUGUUGCCAUGCACCUCGACGGAGCCCGACUAUUUGACGGCAUUACAGGCGAAGGAGUCGAUGCGAAAGAAUACUGUGCUUGUUUCGAUAGCAUCAGUAUAUGCCUUGCGAAAGGCCUAGGGGCACCUAUGGGCAGUAUAAUUCUCGGAUCCCGAGCGUUCAUUGAGCGAGCGAAGUGGUUUCGGAAGAUGUUUGGAGGUGGGACAAGACAGAACCCUAACAUUUCCUUGUCAAUACAGCCCGGCAUGAUGGCCGCCGCCGCCCAAGUGGCUCUAACAACUUCUAUCCCCCAAUUACCCCGCGUCCACGCCCUAACAAAGUCCACCGCCUCUAAGCUUUCCGCAUUCGGCUACAAAUUCCAACUACCCGUCCAAACCAACAUGAUCAUUGUAGACCUUGAGGCCUCCAAUAACAUCCCUCCCGCGGCUUUCAAAGGGGGAAAGGCGUUGGAAAGCGAAGAGAUCAAAGGGGGUUAUUUCCAUACCAAGGAGUGGGGUACUGGGAGCAUCACGAAGAAAGGAGUAAAUAGAAGAAUAUAA